UCCUUGCUCCUAAAACUCAAAGAACCAGCAGACUCGGAAGAUCUGGGGCGACAAACAAGCUCACCCCAUAAGUCAACCGGCUCUGUGACCUAUGAAUUAGGUCCAGGAAAGACUUAAGUUUCUUAAGAAAAUAACACUGGAGUCUGUCGUGGGAAAUUGGAACAGAAUUCAGAGAAAAUAAUUCACCGAAAAGGAAAUGACUGAUUGCCUGAGGUUCCGAAGCGGCGGAGGACUGGCUCUGCUGUGCGCGCUCCUGGGGACGCUGUGCGACACGGGAUCCGGGCAGAUCCGAUACUCGGUGCCCGAGGAACUGGACAAAGGCUCCUUCGUGGGCAACAUCUCCAAGGAUCUGGGGCUGGAGCCCCGGGAGCUGGCGGAGCGCGGAGUCCGCAUCGUCUCCCGAGGUAGGAUGCAGCUAUUUGCUCUGAACCCGCGAGGCGGCAGCUUGGUCACCGCGGGCAGGAUAGACCGGGAGGAGCUCUGCGCCCAGAGGGCGCGGUGUCUGGUGAGCUUUAACGUCCUGAUUGAGGACAAAUUGAAAAUUUUUGAAGUAGAAAUAGAAAUUAAAGAUAUUAAUGAUAAUGCUCCUGAUUUCCUAACAGAGGAACUGGAAAUAAAAAUUAGUGAACUGACAGCUCCUGGAACCCGAUUUCCACUUAAAACUGCUUUUGAUCCAGAUGUGGGCAUGAACUCCCUGCAGAACUACAAGCUCAGCCCCAAUGACUACUUCUCUCUGGCUGUGAAUGGCGUCUCUGACGGGUCCAAGUACCCAGAGCUGGUGUUGGAACGGGCCCUCGACCGUGAAAAAAAGGAAAUUCAUGAACUUGCCUUGGUUGCCUCUGAUGGUGGCAACCCUGUCCACUCUGGCAGCUUGCGCAUCCACGUGAUAGUUCUGGAUGCAAACGACAACGCACCAGUGUUUACUCAGCCUGAGUACCGUGUAAGUGUUUGGGAGAACGCGCCCGUGAGUACCCGGCUGCUCUCAGUGAAUGCCACCGACCCUGACCAGGGAUUCAAUGGCCAAGUGUCCUAUGUUCUAGAUAAAAUGCCCGGGAAAAUCGCUCAGGUUUUUGACCUCAACUCAGAGACUGGAGAAGUAUCAAUAUUGAAAAGUCUAGAUUACGAGGAUACUAUGUUCUAUGAAAUAAAAAUUGAAGCCCAAGAUGGACCAGGUCUCCUUUCGAGAGCCAAGAUUCUAGUCACAGUUCUGGAUGUGAAUGACAACACCCCAGAAAUUGCAAUCACUUCUCUCACGAGCUCAGUCCCAGAAGAUGCUGCCGUUGGUAGUGAAAUUGCUCUCAUCAACGUACAUGACCGUGAUUCUGGGGAGAAUGGGCAGGUUACAGUUUCUGUCCUGGGAAAUCUGCCAUUUAGUUUAGAAAAAUCAAUAGGCCAAUAUUACCGCUUAGUGACAGCCACAUUCCUGGACCGUGAACAGAUGUCAGAAUAUAACAUCAGUUUGAGAGCCACUGACGGGGGAAGUCCGCCACUGUCCACGGAAACUCACAUCACCCUGCACGUGACUGACAUUAAUGACAAUGCACCUGCCUUCUCUCACGCCUCCUACUCCACCUACAUUCCUGAAAACAAUCCCAGAGGAGCCUCUAUCUUCUCAGUGACUGCCCAGGACCCAGACAGCGACAGCAACGCCCUAAUCACUUAUGCAUUGACCGAGGACACCCUCCAGGGGGCGCCUCUCUCCUCCUAUGUCUCCAUCAACUCCAACACUGGAGUCCUAUAUGCACUACGCUCCUUCGACUAUGAGCAGUUUAGAGACCUGCAGCUACUGGUGACGGCUAGCGACAGUGGGGAUCCACCGCUCAGUUGCAACGUGUCUCUAAGCCUGUUCGUGCUGGACCAGAAUGACAAUGCACCCGAGAUCCUGUACCCCACCCUCCCUACGGAUGGCUCCACAGGUGUAGAGCUGGCACCCCGCUCCGCAGAGCCCGGCUACCUGGUGACCAAGGUGGUGGCGGUGGACAGAGACUCGGGCCAGAACGCCUGGCUGUCCUACCGCCUGCUCAAGGCCAGCGAGCCCGGGCUCUUCGCGGUGGGGCUGCACACGGGCGAGGUGCGCACGGCGCGGGCCCUGCUGGACAGAGACGCGCUCAAGCAGAGCCUCGUGGUGGCCGUCCAGGACCACGGCCAGCCCCCUCUCUCGGCCACCGUCACGCUCACCGUGGCCGUGGCCGACAGGAUCCCUGAAAUCCUGGCCGACUUGGGCAGCCUCAAGCCUUCAGCAGAUCUGGACGAUUCAGGUCUCACUCUGUAUCUCGUGGUGGCGGUGGCCACGGUCUCCUGUGUCUUUCUGGCCUUUGUCAUCAUGCUGCUGGCCCUCAGGCUGCGCCGCUGGCACAAGUCACGCCUGCUCCACGCUUCCGGAGGCGGGUUGGUGGGCGUGCCGCCCGCCUCGCACUUUGUGGGCGUGGACGGGGUGCGGGCCUUCCUGCAGACCUAUUCUCACGAGGUGUCCCUCACUGCGGACUCGCGGAAGAGUCACCUGCUCUUCCCCCAGCCCAACUAUGCGGAUACGCUCAUCAGCCAGGAGAGCUGUGAGAAAAGCGAGCCUCUCCUGAUACCUCAAGAUUUACCUGAAAUGAAAGGAGACUCCAAGCUGGUUCCGGUGAGUUUAUUUCUUUCUUUGAAUAUCAUAAAGAAUAAUUGUUCCAGUGUGGUUAUUAUGACACUUCAACACACAUGUAUUUGGGAAAUAAAGCAAUGA